AAACUGAUUUUUGGCACAUCAUUUGGCAUGGCAAUGUUUUAUGGUCUAUGUUAAUUUUGAAUUAGUUUUGUAAACAACAGAAUAACAACAACAUAAAUCAUAUUAAAAAGUUGAAGAAUUUAACUCUAACAUACCUGUAAUUUGGGAAUGUAGUUGAUGACAAAUACAUCGAACUUUUAUAUUCGGUAAGCUGCCAACGAUUUGUAGACUUGAAAUCUUUGAAUACCAAAGAAAUGACUACUUUGUGAUUUAUUACAAGCUCACAUGCAAAGGCCUAUUCGCUUCAUAUAUUCUAUUUUCAUUGUAAGGACAUCAGUUAACAUCAAUUUAAUAACAACUCCAGCGAGAUUAUUACACAAGGGUGGAUUUGCAAAAUGUUACGAGCUGACAAACUCCCUCAACAACCAAUCCUAUGCAGGCAAGAUAGUUUCCAAAACGUUGAUGCAGAAGCAAAAUCAAAAAGAAAAGAUGACGCAAGAGAUUCAGAUUCACCAAUCACUUCGACACAAAAACGUUGUUGGCUUCUAUAACUUUUUUGAUGACAACCACAACAUUUAUAUUAUAUUAGAAUUAUGUAGAAAAAAGUCAAUGAUGGAACUUCACAAAAGAAGAAAAGCCUUAACAGAACCAGAAACUAGGUUUUAUAUGAAACAGAUAUUAUCUGGAGUGCAAUACCUCCAUCAGGCAAGGAUAAUCCAUAGGGAUUUAAAAUUAGGCAAUUUAUUUUUAAAUGAUAAUCUGAUAGUGAAAAUAGGCGAUUUCGGAUUAGCUGCCAAAAUUGAAUAUGAAGGGGAGAGAAAGAAGACUCUGUGUGGAACGCCCAAUUACAUUGCCCCCGAAAUUUUAACAAAGAAGGGUCAUUCCUUCGAAGUAGAUAUUUGGUCUAUAGGGUGUAUUAUGUAUACAUUGCUAAUUGGAAAGCCGCCCUUCGAAACAACCACUUUAAAAGAAACUUACUCUAAGAUUAAGAAAUGUGAAUAUAAAUUAUCUCCAAACAUUUCUUCGUCGGCACAGCAAAUGAUAAUAUUAAUGCUCCAAUCAGAUCCGAAGAAUCGUCCAAAAAUCGAUGCGCUAAUAAGACACGAUUUUAUACAAAAUGGUUAUUGCCCACCGAGUUUGCCUGUUAGUGCACUCACAAUGGCUCCGAGAUUUGAAAAUUGUGAUGUGCCUACUCGUAGGGCCCUGAUGGAAAUAAAUAAUGGAGAACCGAUGAAUAUUUCGCCACAAAAGAAACACAACUCCAUUACUGCAGGAUUAGUACCAUCAGGAAAUCCAACAAAAGCAUAUACCAACUUUGAAGCCAAAGAAAAUUUCUUGGCAUUGAAAGGAAUGCUAAUUGCGGUGUUAAAGACGAAACCAGGUAGACAAAGAGCAUUUUCUGAUGAGAUGACAGACCCUUCUGCCCAACCGAUGGUUUGGGUGUCGAAGUGGGUAGAUUACUCAGACAAAUAUGGAUUUGGCUAUCAGUUAUCUGAUGAUUGUGUAGGAGUCAUGUUUAAUGACACCACCAAAUUGAUUAUGCUACCGAAUGGAAUAAAUGUGCAUUAUGUUGAUAAAAAUGGAGACGAAUCAUACAUGACCGUAGAUAAUUACCCCAAACAGCAUGAAAAGAAGAUGAAAUUGUUGUCAUACUUUAGUAGAUAUAUGAGGGAGCAUCUCUUAAAAACAGGUGCUGCCGUAGUGAAAGAAACCGAUUGUAUGUCCAGGACCCCACAUUUGCACCAGUGGUGUAGAUCAACGUCUGGUGUACUUAUGCAAUUAAACAAUGGAACAGUACAGAUGAACUUUGGUGACCACACGAAAAUAAUAAUGUGCCCUCUAUUGGCUGCCAUUACAUAUAUAGACGAAGAUAGAGCUUUUCGUACAUACAAAUUUGAAUCAAUUGAAAAGUGUGGUUGUCCAAUAGGUUUAUAUGAAAAAAUGCGAUAUGCACUUGAAAAGAUCACAGUGCUAUUAGAAAGUCAGUAGGUCCUAUCUAUUUUUUUUUGUUUGUUAAUGUACAAUUUUAUACCUGGUAUUUAUUUCAUUUUUAAAUAAAUUUUUAUUAUUUCAUU